AUGUUUAGCGCUGCUCAGAUCGUCCCAAAUGUUCCGUUGUUAGAGCCUUCACUGCCGGUCUUUUCGAUGCGUGAGGUUCAAUUCCGCAAGGCUCAUGAUGCCAAUACGCUAAUGUUUAACAUCCCAACCCGUUCGAGCUUGUUGCUGCCACUACUACGUCCUGUAUGUCGCACAUACCGACAGCAGGACACGCAGUGUUUACACUUGUUACAGACCGUGGCACUCGUGCCCAGUUGCAAUUGUAACAAGCUACUCACCAUUGUAACUCAAGCACUAAAGAUGGCAAUAUUCCCACAGACCAAAAGUCGAUUGGAAAAGAAGUUACGUCCAUUAAUAACCAAAUUACAGAAACAAAGUGACAAGGACCUAGAAAGCGGCACGCGUCCGUUACUAGCGCUGCAACUUAAGGAGACAGUGGCUGAAGUCUUACGUUUCUGGAUUGCUGAUCCUUUUGAGGGAUUUGUGCUGAGGAAGGAGCAUGUCGUUAACGGCAUGAGGCUAGACGAUCUGGUGACUACACCUGCAGGAGCAGGGCACCUGAGGGGAUACCGUCGAGAAGACGGUUUCUGCACGGUGUUGUACCCUUGGGGACAUGGAUUCGUGCACGUAAAAGAUGUGAAAAAGGUGGACCAAGCUCUGGGAAAACACCUGAAGAAACGCACAUAUAACGAGUACGUUGCGUUCGAGCAUCAGCAACUUUACAAGCAGAUUGAAGAAUUGCUGGCGAAUCUGCCAUCACCAACAACCGAGGAAAGAGACUUGGUUAAGAAAGAAGCUAGCGUUACUGCUGAAAAUGAGAAAUAUGAGGAUAUGAAAAAGUACACGGAGCUGCUGAAUUCUUUGGAGGACGAGCAUGUGGAUACGACGGUGCUACGUAAAGACUCAGGAUUGCUGCAUCGUGUGCAGGCUUUGGUGAAUAAGGCGAAGGAACUUCGUCGUUCGCACAUACCACGUCCUGAGCAAAAGGUGCUGCGAAUGGACAAAGACCACGAGUUGUCUCCUCCAGCUGGCCAAGGAGGGUUUGACACAUCGAUGCAAAGCCCAGUACAUAUAGCGGAGCAGGAGGAGCAUGAUCAGGAGCUUGCAGAGAAGGAAAAGGGUACGGCCGUGAACGAAACCGAGAUUGAGGCGGAAAAGAAGUGA